UCAAAUGGGGAGGCAGGCACGAUGCCGCUGGCGAUGGCGGACGGCGGCGCUACGCCCGACGCCCUCUCCCUCUUCGCCUCCCGUCUCUCCCGUCGCAGGUUCGGGGACGACGACCUCCGGGUGCUGGAGGCCGCGCUGUCGGCCGGCGCUGACGUCCCCGCGCUGCUCGCCACGCGCUCGGCGGUCCGUCGCCUGCUGCAAUCGAGCGCGGCGGAGGCAUUCGCAUUCAAGUCCCCCGCGGAGGGUCCGGCGCUGGACGGUGGGAGUGGGACGAGCCUGGCUAUCGCCGACUUCUUCGCACGCGCGUUCGCCCUUGUCGGCGAUGUCGAGAGCUGCCUUGCCAUGAGAUACGAGGCCCUGUUGCUUCGAGACGCUAAAUACUGCAACGACCUUCACUUGCAAGUGUCCCGUCAGGAGUGGUUAACUUUCGCGAAGGAUUCUCUUGAUAAUGGCUUCUACACCAUUGCCUCCAAGGCUUUUGCAAAUGCUCUUGGGCACAUUCAUCCAAGCCACCCUGGGCACUUGGACUCUGCUAACUCCAUUGAGGAGAAGGACAAGAUCAAUGAUAUAACAGGACUCCAGAACUUGGCCAGGUCAUUAUCUGCACAGCAUUCUGUUCAGACACAGUCUGCUGAAUACAUGAAAAGGAGAGCUUCAGGUGUCCACGAGAAGUAUAAUUUGCAAUCAGGAAAACCAAACUUAACAGGAAGUUCAAUGUUUAGGCUAGGGAUUAAAACAAGGAACAUAAAGAAAUUGCUUCAUAGCCAGGAAAGGAACUUGGGAGAUUUGAAGCAAUCUUAGCAUGGCAUCUUCCACAAGACCCAGAGGAAUGUUAUAAAAUGGCGAGUUUUAUGCCUUAAUUUACUUAUUUCUUUCUAAGUUACCACCAGUGCAUAUGCACUUCAAUCUCUUGUAUGCCUAGUUCAACAUCUGCAGUACCAGCUCAAAUGAAUAUCUGCAGUGUCAAUUACAUUCAUCUGAUUAUUGAAAUUGGGUACGUGGGAGUGGCAUUGGCAGCAUGUGUAUGCCAACCGUCCUUAUUUUCU